AUGAGCGCCCAAGGAACCACUGCUAAGCUGGCAAAUGGGGUUGUGACUCGUGAUGAUCCGGCCCCAUCGACGUCAAUGGCUGCUGAAGUAACGGCGGCUUCAGAGGUUCAAGGGACUUCAGACAUACUAAGUGUGCAUCAGCCAGCUGCGGGACCUGUUGUGGAGGCGCAGGGUGAUGUGCAAGGCGUACAGACGGUGCAGCCUUUCCAGGCCUUGGAGACUGCAGCUGGUGUGCGGCAGGCGAAGCCCAAGGAAGCUUCGACGAUCGCAGAGCCAGGCAGUAGAUCAGAUCAGAUCUGGAGCAACGUGCUGGUGACCGCAGAGCCGAGGCUUCUAGAAGCCCUUGGCGUUUCAGUUAAACUGGAAUUGUGGGGACUCCUACGUGCUCUCUAUGGCUUACGAGAGGCUCCACUGUUGUGGGGAAACUUCCGUGACGAUACGUUGCGGACGUUGAAGACUCCUCGUGGGCUGGUCUGGAAGCAGGGGAAAGCUAUUACGUCGUGGUGGUCUAUACUGGACGGCAAUGGACAUGUUACAGCUUUGGUUGUAGUGUACGUAGACGACUUUAUGAUAUGUGGACCAAGGGAGAUUGUCGAGGAGCUAGGCAGUGCAGUGCAGCAGGUGUGGGAGACUUCGGAGUUGGCUUUCUUGGGUCCAGACAAUUCGAUAAGGUUCCUCGGAAUGGAGCUGCAAAGAGAGUCUGAGAAUGCCAGAGAAAUCCUGGUGCUUCAACAGGGAUAUCUUCAGGAGCUCAUGCGGACCCAUGACAUGAAGUCCACACACCUUGACAAGAUUCCCAUCACAAAGGAGCUAUCAAUUGUUCCAGAAGUACCAGAGCCUACCAACCCAGACUUGAUCCGGGCUGCGCAACAGAUUACUGGAGAAGUGCUCUGGGUGGCCCAGCGCACACGUCCAGAUUUGUCGUUUGCAACAUGCAUCAUGGCUACACUAUGCACCAGAUGUCCCACCCAAACGCUGAGUAUUGGAAAAAAGGUCCUCGGGUACUUGCAGCGUACCAGUGGCUACGGGCUGGUGGUGUGUUGGCAAGAGGUCGGCCUCCUUAUGUACUCUGACGCGUCAUUUGCGCCACAGGGAUGUCGUUCCCACGGAGGCUGGGUGGUAAUGUUCGGCGGUGUGCCAGUAUCAUGGAGGAGUCGGCGGCAAAGUAUGAUUACGCUUAGUACCGCCGAGGCGGAGCUUCUGGCGUUGCUAGAAGGAGCAGUCGCGGCAAAGAGCACAGAGGCCAUCCUUGCGGACAUCGGGGAAAAGGUUCAUGAGCGUACGAUUGCCACGGACUCCACAUCCGCGUUGAGUAUAACCACAGGUUCGAGCAGUUGGAGAACGCGUCACCUACGGAUAAAAGCAGGGUGGUUGCAAGAGCAGAUAGAUGGCGGCUUCUUCAAGGUGAUUCACUGGCCUGGCGAGAAGCAGCCAGCAGAUCUCCUUACCAAGGCUCUUAGCUCUGCGCGGCUAGAAGACCUACUACAAUGGUGGAGCAUUGGAGAGCGACGAGUCACAGUACGACGUCCGUCAACAGCAGUGAAGGUUUCGGCACGAUCGCUGUUGGCAGCGAUUUGCUGCUUGUUAAUGGUGUCGGUGCAGGCAGGUGGGGGAGAGCAACGUGUACAUGGAUCUGGCCUGCAAGUCGACGGGGACAUGGCAAGCUUGAUGAUGAUCCUGCUGAUGAUCCUUGGAGUACUACUGAUCUACGAAGUUGUGAAGUGGUCAAUGGCGGAGAUAUGCAAUGAAUGGAUCCCAGGAGCUGGAGCACGGCGUCUUCGGAGACUACAGAAGCUACAGGUGGCGACUACGGCGGCCAUUGAGCGCGAGUUGGAAAGGAUCCAGGAGACUGGCAGCUUAGCGAGGGAGUCAUCCACUGGGCAACAGGAAGAUCAGCGAGAAUGGUGGAAGGAGACAAAGCUCGACAAUAAGGCCAAGUCGACAGAGUGGUACAGGAGAUUGGCUACCUACUCAGAGGUCUUCUACCCCGAUAAGACGAUCGACUACCAGAACCCCAAGUCCAUCGACUCGUGUGAUGUUUCCUUUGAAUUCACCAACAACAUGGUCUUCCUCUUUCAGGUCCAAAGGAGGACCGAGCUCGACGUCUUGGUGGACGACUUGGUGAAUUGA